GUGGCAAGGUGGCUGAGGGAGAGUGGGCCCCUGGGACUUGCUGGCUGGGACCCUCUUAGAGGGGUGAGGGCUGGCCGCCAGGGUCUGGAAAGAGACUCGAAUUUCUGGAAGCCGCUUUGUCCAGGACUUCUGGUCCCCCAGCCCGCUUUCCUGGCAGCUUUGUGCCAGGCUCCAGGUACAUGUAUUGUCUGUCUGGAGCCCCACGGCUGCCCCGGAGGAAGAACCGGAAACAGCAUGUAUACGCACCUCCCCCAGAGUGGCUCUCCGUUCCCAGCCUCGGUGCAGGAUCCUGGCCUGCACGUAUGGCGGGUGGAGAAGCUGAAGCCAGUGCCGGUGGCACGUGAGAAUCAGGGCAUCUUCUUCUCGGGGGACUCCUACCUAGUGCUGCACAAUGGCCCGGAGGAGCUCUCCCACCUGCACCUGUGGAUAGGCCAGCAGUCAUCCCGGGAUGAGCAGGGGGCCUGUGCCGUGCUAGCCGUGCAUCUCAACACCCUGCUCGGGGAGCGACCCGUGCAGCACCGAGAGGUGCAGGGCAACGAGUCCGACCUCUUCAUGAGCUACUUCCCGCGUGGCCUCAAGUACCAGGAAGGUGGAGUGGAGUCAGCGUUUCACAAGACCUCUCCGGGGGCCACUCCAGCUGCCAUCAAGAAACUGUACCAGGUGAAGGGGAAGAAGAACAUCCGUGCCACCGAGCGGCCGCUGAGCUGGGACAGCUUCAACACCGGGGACUGCUUCAUCCUGGACUUGGGCCAGAACAUCUUCGCCUGGUGUGGUGGAAAAUCCAACAUCCUGGAACGCAAUAAGGCACGAGACCUGGCCCUGGCCAUCAGGGACAGUGAGCGACAGGGCAAAGCCCAGGUGGAGAUUGUCACUGAUGGGGAAGAGCCUGCUGAGAUGAUCCAGGUCCUGGGUCCCAAGCCUGCUCUGAAGGAGGGGAACCCUGAGGAAGACCUGACAGCUGACCGGACAAACGCCCAGGCCGCGGCUCUGUAUAAGGUCUCCGACGCCACUGGACAGAUGAACCUGACCAAGGUGGCCGACUCCAGUCCCUUUGCCCUUGAGAUGCUGCUGUCUGAUGACUGCUUCGUGCUGGACAAUGGGCUCUGUGGCAAGAUCUACAUUUGGAAGGGGCGAAAAGCUAACGAGAAGGAGCGGCAGGCAGCUCUCCAGGUGGCGGAGGACUUCAUCUCUCGCAUGCGUUAUGCCCCCAACACUCAGGUGGAGAUUCUGCCCCAGGGCCACGAGAGUCCCAUCUUCAAGCAAUUCUUCAAGGACUGGAAAUGAGAGUGGGCAUCUCCCUGCCCCCGGCCUCCUGCCCGCUUUCUCCUACUCUGGCUGCCUGGUCAGUGCUGAGGUGCCCCUGAGGACGUUCAAUAAAGGAGACAAGUGCCUCCCCA